GUUUAAAAGUUUUGUUCUUUAUGUGUGUUGUGUCAGUGUGUCUGGUUCUUGUUAAUUUAUGUGGGUUUACAGAUAAUCAAGAACCGAACUUUGUGAAGGAGGAGAGUGUGGUAGGUAUUCCAUCUCCACUCUUGAAGCUCAAAAGCUGGCAAUGGUGGGUUCUUGUAUCCAUCAACAUCUUCUUCCUUAUUGGUGGCCAAGCUGCUUCAGUCAUUCUCGGUAGGUUUUACUACAACGAAGGUGGAAACAGCAAAUGGAUGGCCACUCUUGUUCAAACCGCUGCUUUUCCACUCCUCUAUGUCCCGUAUUUGCUUCUUCCUUCUUCUUCUUGUUCGCUCAAAACCAUGGUCUUGAUUUACGCUCCUCUCGGUGUCAUCGUCGCUGGAGACAACAUGUUGUACUCUGUUGGACUUCUCUACCUCUCUGCGUCCACUUAUUCGCUCAUUUGCGGUACUCAGUUAGCGUUUAAUGCGGUCUUCUCUUAUUUCAUCAAUGCUCAGAAGUUCACUGCUUUGAUUCUCAACUCAGUGGUUCUUCUCUCUUUCUCUGCUGCUUUGAUUGCCCUCAACGAUGAUGCAGACGCUCCUUCUGGUGUCCCCAGGUCGAAGUAUAUCGUUGGGUUUGUGUGUAAACUCGCUGCAUCAGCUCUCUACUCUCUACUCCUCUCCCUGAUGCAGUUCUCAUUCGAGAAGGUUCUGAAGAGAGAUACGUUCUCAGUAGUUCUCGAGAUGCAAAUCUACACUUCUUUAGUGGCGACUUGUGUCUCUGUUAUCGGGCUAUUCGCGAGCGGGAAAUGGAGAACGCUGCAUGGAGAAAUGGAUGGGUAUCACAAAGGUCAAGCCUCUUAUGUACUGACUCUGCUCGGGACAGCGGUUACGUGGCAAGUGUGUUCUGUAGGAGUGGUGGGUUUGUGAUACGGGAAUAUGGUUAGAUAGAUUAUUGAUAUUUUACAU